GUUAAUGCAACUUUGAAGCAGUUGUUAUUUCUAGUGUAAAUUGCAUUUGUUUUUAAUUUUGACAGAUUUGAAUAACAUACGAACCAGGGCAAUUGAUGCACUUUCUGGAGGGGAGCUUCAGCGAUUUGCAUGUGCCAUGGUGUGCAUACAGAAAGGUGACAUAUUUAUGUUUGAUGAGCCAUCUAGUUACUUAGAUGUAAAACAGCGCUUGAAUGCUGCUGUUACAAUACGCUCCCUUAUGCAUCCUGAUAAAUUCAUAAUUGUUGUGGAGCACGACCUGUCAGUCCUGGAUUAUCUAUCUGACUUCAUUUGUUGUUUGUAUGGUGUGCCAGGAGCAUAUGGUGUGGUUACAAUGCCAUUUUCGGUGAGGGAAGGAAUAAAUAUUUUCCUUGAUGGUUUUGUGCCAACGGAGAACUUACGUUUUCGGGAUGAGUCACUUGUCUUCAAAGUGGCAGAAUCUGCAACAGAGGAGGAAGUUAAACGGAUGAACCAUUAUGAAUAUCCACCUAUGUAUAUGAGAAUGGGAAACUUUCAUUUGAGUAUUGAAAGAGGGCAAUUCUCAGAUUCAGAAAUUCUAGUGCUGCUUGGGGAGAAUGGAACUGGUAAAACUACAUUUAUCAGGUUGUUGGCAGGAAAGCUUCAGCCUGAUAAUGGUUCAGGUUCAGUGCCCCAGCUACAUAUAAGUUACAAACCUCAAAAAAUAAGUCCAAAAUCACAGGGAAUUGUUCGUCAACUUCUUCAUGAAAAAAUAAGAGAUUCAUACGUUCACCCACAGUUUGUGACUGACGUCAUGAAGCCUUUGAGAAUGGAUGAUAUAAUGGAUCAGGAAGUUCAGAACUUGUCGGGAGGAGAACUGCAGCGUGUUGCUCUAGCACUUUGUCUUGGUAAACCUGCUGAUGUUUAUCUCAUAGAUGAACCAUCAGCAUAUCUAGAUUCUGAGCAACGUCUUGUGGCUGCAAAAGUUAUUAAAAGGUUCAUACUCCAUGCUAAGAAAACUGGUUUUGUGGUUGAACACGAUUUCAUCAUGGCCACUUACUUGGCUGACAGAGUCAUUGUAUUUGAAGGAGCACCAUCGAUUGAAACUGUAGCACACAGUCCACAAAACUUAUUGGCUGGAAUGAACAGAUUCCUGGAACUUUUAGGCAUCACAUUUAGGAGAGAUCCAAAUAACUACAGACCUCGAAUCAAUAAAAACAACUCUGUAAAGGACACUGAACAAAAGCGAGCUGGUCAGUAUUUCUUCUUAGAAGAUUAGCAGCUAUACAGUAUGUUGGAAUCAGCACUACAGAUGGCAAUGGCAGAACGCUUGACUAGUACAUGCAUUGUGAACUGACUUAAUGCUUUGUAAUAUUAGUUCUGAGGGUUUGUUGGAAAGCAGACUCUGCAGGCAGAUCCAAAAAUAAUCAUCAUAACAAAGAGAGGUGAACCACUGCUGUGAAGUAACUGAAUUAUGAAAAUAUCUUCAGCCUGCUUCCUUCUUCUUCCUUCUGAAUUGCUGCCUCUGAACUAUUUCUCUCUGAAUAUUUAAGUUUUGAUUGUGCGUCUUCCACAGUAUGACACUCUUAAUGUUGUGGAGAUAUUCAGGAGAUGUAUUAGUUCUGGACGGCAUGUCACUGUAGCUGACAUUGGAAGUUUUCAGUGGCUGUGGCGAUGUCCUGCUUCUUUAUAGUAUGAAAAUAAAUAAAACCUAAAUAUACCUGUAUUCUGUAAUCAAAAUGUGCACAUGUUAAACAUGUGGUACUUCAUAACAGAUUUAUUUUGAAUAGAAGGUUCUUGAGGAAAGAGUAUAUUAAAUGUAGGCAAGACGCCAAGCUUCCAACAAUAUCCCCGACUGUCGUUGUCCAGAAAGAAACUGGGAGAUAAUGAGAAUCCACAUAUGUAAAAAAUGUAGUGGUGGCUGUUGUGAAGAGAUUAGAUGAUGUCACCUGCAGCAUCAGUGUAAAUGAGUAAAAUGGAGUGCAGCGAAAUACAUAAACUGUGUGUCUAUUGAUGUCGUUAAUGCACAUUCCAAUUUCUGUAACAUCGUUAAUGACUGGGCACCAGUAAUUUGAGUGUUAAUCAAAAUCUCUCUCUGCCAGGUAGUACCUGGCGCUUAUUCACAAGACCGAUUUCAGUGUAAACUCGGCAUACAGGUGCUAUCAGUAUGUCAUUUGUAUCUAUUGAUCGCAAUAAUAUGUUUAACAAUUGUGUUCUUAGCAAAGGAAAAGAAGAAUAUUUUUGAAAGCUUGAAAUUUUAUCAGAAUGUAAUGAAAGUUUGAUUGGAAUAAUUCACAAACUGCACAUCUUGUGGCACAGCAGACUAUAUGUUGCCAAUUCAUUCAACUUGGCGUUUUGACUGGUUACAUUGAAUUUAUAUUGUUUUUAUGUAUUAUUCUUAGGGUGUACUGUUCAGCCACCUCUUUUUUUUAUGUUCUUUCUCGUUUACUUGCAUAGUACUGUUCUAUUUGCAGUACCCCUUGCGACUUUGUAUUGUUUAUUUAAUCUUCACUGGUUUUUGUAUUGAAAGUAUGUUGAAUAAGUGUCUUAUUUGCUCCUCUCUCUAUAUUUUUUUGUUUAUUUAGCAGACUGGAUACCUUCUGUAUCAACACUUUUGUGUUCUUUUUUCAUCUGCGUGGAAGCAUUUCACAAUUCACAAAGCACAGUUUUCUCACAUGUUUGUUAGUAACAAGCAUGUGCAAUGUAUUAAUUAUAUAUUUCUUAUGUAAGUUAAGGAGAUUUCAAAUGAUACCAUUUAUUUACAGUUCACUGAUGUCUCUUACUUGUCACUACCGUUAUCAACAGUUUGGUCCAUAAAGGUAUAAGUGGCACAGCUGUCCUUUAUACUGUCUCACAUUAGCCAGUUUAGAGCUUUCCAACAAGCCUUUGUCAUGUGUAAUUUACAGUCGAUCACACCAAUGUACUAGUUUGGAAAUGAUUUCUUCAGUUGGUUAUCGAUAUAACUCUAAAACUUUUGAUGUUAAAAACUUACAGUUUAUUGCUGUAUGGUAUUAAAAUAGAGAAGAAGUGUUGAGAGAUUUGUCAGCAAGAGCCCUGGAAAAUGAUCCAGAAUGCAUGCUGUAUUAGGUUUGUAAUGGUUUGUAAUGGUUUGUAAUGAUUUGUAAUGGUUUGUAAUGAUUUGUAAUGAUUUGUAAUGGUUUGUAAUGGUUUGUAAUGAUUUGUAAUGGUUUGUAAUGAUUUGUAAUGGUUUGUAAUGGUUUGUAAUGGUUUGUAAUGAUUUGUAAUGGUUUGUAAUGACUUGUGAUGUGUCUGAAUGUACGAAAUUGAACUGUUAAGAUUUUUAAAAUACAGUGGAAUAAAGUAUUCUGUUCAUAAAAAUGUAA